UUGCACGUAGCUGGCACCGACAUACUCAGAUCCGAUUCUCCCUAGCAGGACCAUGAUGGGACUGGCUUCGUGUCCUUCGCCGCCAUGGCGGGAAGCGCGGCCAUGGCGUCCUUCGCUUCGCCAACUGCGGGACUGGCGGUGCUCGUGGCGAGCGCGGUGCUCGUGGCAAGUGUGCCCUUGGACUUUCACCAGACGCCCUUGCGGUGCCCCAGCUCUUGGGAAGACCUGCUCGGUCAGCUGACGGAGGCACAAGAACUUCUGACUGUCGGCCAAGCUGCCGAAGUCCGGCUGCACUUGAGCGAGGCUUUGCAGCACUUCUUGGGCCCUGACGCCGGCGAAGCCCUUCACCUGCGCCAUGCACUGGACGAGUGCCCCGUGGGUAUCGCGGCGGCGCUACGGCUCAGCGCCAUGGCACACUAUGGAGAUCCUGCAGUCCGAGAAGCUUCACGCCAUGUGCAGAUCCAGGCUUUGGAGGUCGCGUUGUGCUUGCAACAUUUGGCAGCCGGAUGGCUGAUCUAUGCCUACAAUGGGCCGGCUGACCAUCGGGACUCCUUCAUUGAUGAAUCCCUGUGGCCCAUCACUUCAGGCACCUUCGGCGAUGAGCACCGUUCGGUGGCGCAGCUUCUCUCCGAGCUGCGGGCGAGUUCCGCGCGGAACGCGGACGACGCAGCGAGUUCGCGGCGGAAUGCGGCGAGGAACUCGCCGCGCUUGGCGCUGGUGACGAUCUGCGACUACCCUGAGGCGUCGCAACUGCCGCGGUGGGCAGCGUUUGUGCAUGGGAUCUAUGCCCAAAAGCAUGGCUAUGCAUAUCUGCACUACCGUGAUGCGCGGCAUGCAAGUGGGCGCCCAGCUGCUUGGGGGAAGGUGGCUGCAAUGCGAGAGGCUUUGGAGGAUGGACGCUGGGACUGGGUGGUUUGGGUCGAUUGUGACUUGUACUUCAUGAACCUCAACAAGACAUUGGAGUCGAUUUGGCUCCGACACUCUGAUGCACCAGAGGUGAGCAUGCUCAUUUCUGAAGAUGCUCAGACGCUGAACACGGCGAUUUUCUUCUUAAAGCGAACUGACUGGAGCAAGCAGCUUUUGGAGAGCGUUUGGGAUGCGAACGGCUCGCCUUUCAUUGACCACACCUGGUGGGAACAGCAGGCCUUUGCACAACAUUUGCUUGGUGGGUUGGUCCACCACGCUGCCCCCCGUCCGCUACACUGCCAGCAAAGCAGACUUGCUCGGCACGUCAGGCGAUCUGCGGGCCUAUCCAUCCCAAGUGCGCAUUGUGCCACAAGCAGAGAUGAAUUCCUACCAUCCCAUCUCCUCCCGUAUGGUGGGGGAAACUUGGGAGCCAGGCAAGUUCAUUUUGUCCUUCAACGGGGCUCCUUGCGCUGCAGCCGGUGAAAUCGCUGUCUGGCCCAACGGUGGCGGACAUCCUCCAUGUAAACUACUUUGAAGUCUUUUGCGAGCUCAAUGGCCUCCAAGACCGCUGCAAGGACCUUCUCACCGAGGAAGCACAAACGUCUUUGAUGGCACCCUGGCUGGG